GAAUGCUGUGUGUGCCCAGCUCUUGUAGGCAGUUGAAACUGCUGACUGGUAGUAACGUGCCUGCUUUCAUUCACCCUGCAGCUGAUGUGGCCCAGCAGUUCCAGUAUGCUGUUCGAGUUAUUGGCAGCAACUUUGCCCCAACUGUUGAAAGAGAUGAAUUUCUAGUAGCUGAAAAAAUCAAGAAAGAACUUACUCGCCAGAGAAGAGACGCUGAUGCUGCUUUGUUUUCAGAGCUCCACAGGAGGCUCCAUUCACAGGGAAUUUUGAAAAACAAGUGGUCAAUUCUCUACCUCUUGCUGAGCCUUAGUGAGGACCCGCGCAAGCAGCCAAGCAAGGUUUCUAGCUAUGCCGCAUUAUUUGCUCAAGCAUUACCACGAGAUGCUCAUUCAACUCCCUUCUACUAUGCCCGGCCACAGACCCUCCCUCUGAGUUACCAGGACCGGAGCACCCCAUCAGCCCCAAGCUCGGGCAGCAUGGGCAGCAGCGGCAUCAGCAGCGUCAGCCUGUGUGGCCUCAGUGGCCCAGCGCCAACACCACAGCCUGUCCUUCCGGGACAGUCUCAUCCAGCUCCUGGGGUGGGAGACUGCCUUCGACAGCAGCUGGGGUCUCGUCUGGCAUGGACUUUAACUGCAAAUCAGCCUUCUUCACAAACCACUACCUCAAGAGGUAUCCCAAACACUGUUUCUCGUAACAUGACACGGUCAAGGAGAGAAGGGGACACGGGUGGUAGCAUGGAAAUUACUGAGGCAGCUCUGGUAAGGGAUAUUCUGUACGUCUUCCAGGGCAUAGAUGGCAAAAACAUUAAAAUGAACAACAGUGAAAAUUGUUACAAAGUAGAAGGAAAGGCAAAUCUAAGUAGAUCUUUGCGAGACACAGCAGUCAGACUUGCUGAGCUGGGGUGGUUACACAACAAGAUCAGAAAGUACACUGACCAGAGGAGUCUGGACCGUUCCUUUGGACUUGUUGGUCAGAGCUUUUGUGCUGCCUUGCAUCAAGAACUCAAAGAAUACUACCGCUUACUCUCUGUUUUACAUUCCCAGCUGCAGCUAGAGGAUGAUCAGGGCGUGAAUUUGGGACUUGAGAGUAGUUUAACUCUGCGGCGCCUCCUUGUUUGGACAUAUGACCCCAAAAUAAGGCUGAAGACCCUUGCGGCCCUGGUGGAUCACUGUCAAGGAAGGAAAGGAGGUGAGCUGGCCUCAGCUGUCCACGCCUACACGAAGACAGGAGACCCCUACAUGCGGGCCCUGGUGCAGCACAUCCUCAGCCUGGUGUCGCACCCCAUCCUGAGCUUCCUCUACCGCUGGAUAUAUGAUGGGGAGCUGGAGGACACGCACCAUGAAUUUUUUGUAGCAUCGGACCCCACCGUUAAGACAGAUCGACUGUGGCAUGACAAGUAUACUCUGAGGAAGUCCAUGAUUCCCUCCUUCAUCACCAUGGAUCAGUCUAGGAAGGUUCUUUUGACAGGAAAGUCGAUAAAUUUUUUGCACCAGGUUUGCCAUGAUCAGACUCCCACUACAAAGAUGAUGGCCGUGACGAGGCCUGCGGAGUCACCCCAGGAUGCUGCAGACCUCUUCACGGACUUAGAAAAUGCAUUUCAGGGGAAGAUCGAUGCUGCUUAUUUUGAGACCAGCAAAUACUUGUUGGAUAUCCUCAGUAAGAAGUACAGCCUGCUGGACCACAUGCAGGCCAUGAGGCGCUACUUGCUUCUCGGUCAAGGAGACUUCAUCAGGCACUUAAUGGAUUUGCUGAAACCAGAACUUGUUCGUCCAGCCACGACUUUGUAUCAGCAUAACCUGACCGGCAUUCUCGAGACCGCGGUCAGAGCCACCAAUGCACAGUUUGACAGUCCUGAGAUCCUGAAGAGGCUGGACGUGCGGCUGCUGGAGGUCUCUCCUGGUGACACUGGGUGGGAUGUCUUCAGCCUGGAUUAUCAUGUUGAUGGACCUAUUGCAACGGUGUUCACUCGGGAAUGUAUGAGUCACUACUUGAGAGUGUUUAACUUCCUCUGGAGGGCGAAGAGGAUGGAGUAUAUCCUUACUGACAUCCGGAAGGGGCACAUGUGCAACGCCAAGCUCCUGAGGAGCAUGCCAGAGUUCUCUGGAGUGCUGCAUCAGUGUCACAUCCUGGCCUCCGAGAUGGUCCAUUUCAUUCAUCAGAUGCAAUAUUAUAUCACAUUUGAGGUACUCGAGUGCUCUUGGGAUGAACUCUGGAAUAAAGUGCAGCGGGCCCAGGACCUAGACCACAUCAUUGCGGCCCACGAGGUGUUCCUGGACACCAUCAUCUCUCGCUGCCUGCUGGACAGCGACUCCAGGGCACUUUUAAACCAACUUAGAGCUGUGUUUGAUCAAAUCAUUGAACUUCAGAAUGCUCAGGACGCAAUAUACAGAACUGCUUUGGAAGAAUUACAGAGACGACUGCAGUUUGAAGAGAAAAAGAAGCAGAAUGAGAUUGAGGGCCAGUGGGGCGUGACAGCAGCAGAGAAAGAGGAGGAGGAGAAGAGGGUUCGAGAGUUCAAGGACUCUAUCCCCAGGAUGUGUUCUCAGCUGCGCAUUUUGACUCACUUCUACCAGGGCGUGGUGCAGCAGUUCCUGGUGCUGCUGACGACCAGCUCUGACGAAAGUCUUCAGUUUCUCAGCUUCCGGCUGGACUUCAACGAGCACUACAGGGCCAGAGAGCCAAGGCUGCACGUGUCGCUGGGCACCAGAGGGCGGCGCAGCUCCCGCACGUGAAGCCUCCCAGCCGUCCCGGGAGCCACAGAUGCUGCCAGUGUGUUGUUGGCGUGAAAGUCCCCAUUUCGGUUCCACAAGCACGUCAGUGGCACAUGGGAGAUUGCAAGUUUUGGUUUAGAUGUUGGAGUCAAACCCAUUUGUAAUAUCACGAAGUUAAAGAGACUGGCUGCACUACUCGAAUUUUAUUUCUGAAAAUCUUCAUAGUUAAAACAUACCAUGAUUUGUUGAGAUGUCUUAAGCUGUCUGUGAUAUAGUUUGUACUUGUCAUUUUUAAAACCAUCAGUUUCUUUAGAGAAAAUUAGGGCAAUGGGAUAUUCAUCAAUUAAGGUGAUGCUAUCAUUGCUGGUUUUUUAACAAUCCUCUUCAGAGGCAAUCUUUGUUAACAUAAUCAAAUUAAAUUGAAACAAUCUCCCUACUAAAAAAAAUAUAGAACAUUUUAUUUUGGUUUUCUAGUGUUGUAAAAUACCAAUGUCUAUGAGAAACUUUGUAUCUCAGUGCGUUACUUUUACAUAUAUUUAUUCCUAUUUUCUUUCAGAGUUUACAUUUUUAUAUUUAAUUUACUAUUUCAGAAAAGUUUUAGAAUAGUCUAGAAAAAAGCAGCAGUGACACAGAACAAAGACGUCCUUGUACAGUGCAGCCUCGCAUGAAACCUUCAGCUGAAGUGGUGUGUAAAUAGGAGUGACUAGAAAAAGUUAAUGGAGUAUUUUAUUUUCACAAUUCUGAUAAGCCUUGGAGAGAAAUGGACUUGGAUAAUGAACAUUUCCUUCUUCCUUGCCUAUUUUUUCAUUGUAAAUAUUUAUAUACUACUGACCAGAUGUGGGGGGGAACUGUUAUUUUGUAAAAAUGUCAUUAUCAGGUCACAUAAAUCUGCCUUUAUUAAUGUUACAUAAGUGAAAAUUUAGAAAAUUAAAAGCAAUUAUAU